UGAGAGCCGGACGGGCACUGGGCAACUCUGUGCCUCGCUGAGGAAAAAUAACUAAACAUGGGCAAAGGAGAUCCUAAGAAGCCGAGAGGCAAAAUGUCAUCAUAUGCAUUCUUUGUGCAAACUUGUCGGGAGGAGCACAAGAAGAAGCACCCAGACGCUUCAGUCAACUUCUCAGAGUUUUCUAAGAAGUGCUCAGAGAGGUGGAAGACCAUGUCUGCUAAAGAGAAAGGAAAAUUUGAAGAUAUGGCAAAGGCGGACAAGGCCCGUUAUGAAAGAGAAAUGAAAACCUAUAUCCCUCCUAAAGGGGAAACAAAAAAGAAGUUCAAGGAUUCCAAUGCACCCAAGAGGCCUCCUUCGGCCUUUUUCUUGUUCUGUUCUGAGUAUCGCCCAAAAAUCAAAGGAGAACAUCCCGGCCUAUCCAUUGGUGAUGUUGCAAAGAAGCUGGGGGAGAUGUGGAAUAACACUGCUGCGGAUGACAAGCAGCCUUAUGAAAAGAAGGCUGCAAAGCUGAAGGAAAAAUACGAAAAGGAUAUUGCUGCAUACCGAGCUAAAGGAAAGCCUGAUGCAGCGAAAAAGGGAGUCGUCAAGGCUGAAAAAAGCAAGAAAAAGAAGGAAGAGGAGGAAGAUGAGGAAGAUGAAGAGGAUGAAGAUGAGGAGGAAGAUGAAGAAGAAGAUGAUGAUGAUGAAUAA